GCCGUACCAGUAUCAAAUCCAAAACAGAGCAAAAAUCAACAAGAACUAAAAUGUUUAUGAACACAGGCUUUUUCGAGCCGGGUAAAACAAAGACCGAACGUAAAUUCAUUCAACAGGCGGUGAAGCAGAGCCAACGCCUCGAUGGCCGCAAGUCCGGCGAAAGCCGCGAUGUCCAACUAACCUUCGGUGGGGAAUAUGGCUCGGUGGUCGUGUCGCUUGGCGAUACCAAGGUAAUGGCUCAGGUGACUUGCGACAUGGGCACACCGACCACGUCCAGGCCGAACGAGGGCAAGCUCCAGCUGUAUGUAACACUGGCAGGCGUUUCCUACCUAGACUCGGUACAGAAGACGCACGAUAAGCGCUCGCUCACGCUUAAUUCGCUGCUGGAGCGGACAUUCCGCACCUCACGUUGUGUGGAUCUGGAGUCUCUGUGUGUGGCCUCCGAGCUGCAUGUCUGGUGCAUCCGUGUAGACGUCAAUGUUCUCAAUCACGAUGGAAAUCUGUAUGAUGCCAGCACUGUUGCCGUUUUGGCUGCCCUUAUGCACUUUCGCCGUCCAGACGUGACUUUUACCGAUGGUGAGCUUCGCACCUACACGGAGAAGGAGCGCGAUAUGAUACCCCUGCUCUUUCUGCACUAUCCUGUGAGCGUCACCUACUGCAUCUACACAAGCAACUUUCAGCCCUUUGUAGACCCGACGCUACUGGAGGAGAAUACCGCCGAUUCGACUAUUAUUUUGAGCUUUAACUCCUACCAGGAGCUGUGCACCCUCAAUGCUGGCGGCACUGUCCCAACUGAUGUUCGCACCAUCAUGCAAUGUGCCCGGAGUGCUGCGAAUCGGUGCAAGGCCAUGGUUACAUUCGUCCGAAAGGCCUUGGAUCAGGAUGAGCAGCAAUGUUUAGAGGGCACUAAGAAAAACACUGGCAUGCUGGGUUUAAUGGAAAACUCGUCACAGAAGCUGAGCUUCAAGACUCUCAUGAAGGGGGAUCAAAAACAGCAGCAGUAUAAAACAGAGGACAUGGAUUUAGAAGUGGAGGCCAAGCCGAAUCCAAAGCUCGAAGCAGACGAAGGGGAGAACGCCGAUAACGUCGAGAACGUCGAAAGCGAUCAACCAGCACAGGAAGAGGAACUACCCAUGGACGACAGCGGCUGGCUGCCGCAGGAGCCUGAACCCACAAUAGAUCCGACAAAGCAGAGCCCUGGCAAACCCAAGCGUAAGCGCAACAAGGGCAACAAAAAGAAGCAGUAACAGAGUUCCUCCUAAAAAAGGAAUGGUUUCUAGGGCGGUACGGAGGAAAAGGAAAGCGAAGCAAGUCAUCUAUUUGUAAACAAUUUAUGUAUAAUAAAUCUAUAAAUUAAUAGGUUAGACAGGCUUUCCAUUAAUGUUUACUUAAGCUUAAUAAUUGUAUGGCUAAAAUCAGUCUAGACCUUAACACAAUUCGUUCAGUUUGUCAGCGCCCACUGAUAUACAUCUUAUUUAAGCUUAAACUAGCAUUACGUGGUGGGGCAGGGGAAGCCACAGCCCCAGGCAGAAGAUCGCGGUUGUCUGUUCGAGUAUUGCAAGACAUACAACCAGUAGAACGAACUUCAAUUAAAAGAAAACUAAUUCGUUUCACUUAUUUCGA